CUCUCUCCCUCUCACGCACUCAUAAAUGCGCUCCCACCACCGACCGUAGCAGAUAAUCACAGGCCACAGUGAGAGGGACACACCUUCGGCUGAUUUUGCUUCAGUUUACACGGGAAGGCGUUUCGAUUCACGAAGAGGGGGUCAUCAGUCCAUGAUUUGAGUCGCAUUUUCAGCUUUGCAGUUUUCGCAAUUUUGCGAUUUUCUGGCGCGCGGGUUACGAGACCGCACGGCUUACGACGCGAACAUGACUGGGGUUUUUGAGAACCUCAACACCGAUAUGCAUUCGAACCAGAUUACCUCAAGCAAUUACCACAGCUUGCACAAAUCGCAGGAGUCCCCGACUCUGCCUGUCUCCACGGCGACGGACAGCAGCUAUUACAACAGCCAGCAGCCUGGCCACUGCGCCGGCUCUCCCUUUGGUCAGCUCGGCUCGUACCAGUACCACAGCAGCGCCACCGGCACUGUGCCAUAUAACGCCAAGUCUUACGACCUCGGUUUCAACUCUUCUUACGGUGCAUACACUUCCUACGGCCCUAACUCAUCUCCUACACCAGCCGACACAGAGAAAGAAGAGAGCGAGCCAGAAAUCCGGAUGGUUAAUGGAAAACCAAAGAAGGUCAGGAAACCUCGAACCAUUUAUUCCAGCUUCCAACUGGCUGCACUUCAGCGGAGGUUUCAAAAGACGCAGUAUUUGGCUUUACCAGAACGGGCCGAGCUGGCAGCCUCGCUGGGCCUCACGCAAACACAGGUCAAAAUCUGGUUCCAAAACCGUCGCUCCAAGUUCAAGAAGUUGUGGAAAAGUGGAGAAAUCCCUCCAGAGCAACACGUUGCCUCCAGCGAAUCACCCCCCUGCGCGUCUCCGCCAACUACUGCCUGGGACUUUCCACAGACUCAGAGAAUCAACAGUGUCAACUCCAGUUUACCUCAGAGCAGCAGCAGCCCUCCCAACACGACUGCGCCAUCAUCUUUUUUGGCAAACUACUCCUGGUACUCGACCACGAACUCUCUGCAGCCUCCUCUGGUCCAGCACCACCACAACUCCGCCAUAAGCGCUGGGAAGAUAUUCUGAAAACAAAAAGAAAAAAACAAAUCGGGUUCAAAUCGGACAAUACUGGUGAUUAAAAACGCAAACUUUACGCACACGUAGGUGACGUUAACGGAGCCAGACAGGUUCAUGGAUUGUGUCAGUUUUGGCGCUGGCAAAUGAUAGAACAUUUCUACAGUUAUUUUUGUAUUUAUUUAUUUUUCUUUGUGUCGAGGGAUGAAUGAACCACUAUUACCCAAAGCAAUCACAGCCGGGGCGCGAGCCCACUUUUACGCGGACGUCACUUUCCUGCCAUUCCUGCAAAAAUAAAACGUUCACCGCAGGACAACAAUGUAGCACAAGUUAACUGUAUCGUGCCUUUUUUUCAAUAUGACCUCAUUUUGUUGUGAGAUGAAAAAAAAACUAACUGCUCACCUUUAUCAGUUUCCUCGUGUCAUAGUUUGAUUGAGUGAUAUAUUGAAGGGUAAGUGUGUGAAUCCACGUUUGUAAAUACUUUACCACAGCUUUUCUGAUGACGCUUUGACUGUUUCUCUUGGCUACUGGUGCAAAAAAAAAAUCCAUGAACCACCGUAAGCUACUGAUUGUUCCACCCUCUGUUUUACUUGUAUCAAUCUUUAUUGUAUUUUUUUGUCUUAUUUAUUUUAGCAGUGUUCCAUAUAUGGCCAGACGUUAUUUAAAUAAAAAUGUUUCUGUGCUUA